AUGGGGAAAUAUAGAAAGAGAUUCAAUGAAAAGGCAAGAGCGGGUAUGCUUGCAAAACAAGCUGCCUUGAAAAGAGCUAGAAAUAAACAAUUCUAUAGACAAGACCACGACGAAUCAGAUCAGGAACAAGGAGAUGUCAAAGAUGCUACCCAAAUAUUUAAUAAUGAAAAUUCAAAUUCAGAAAUUCUUGUUCCAGUCACAGAAGAAGAGAGACAAGCCAGAAAACGUGCAUUAGAAGAAACAUUGUAUACUCAAAACGAAAAACAAGAAAAGCUAUCCAAAUCCAAGAAGAAGAGGUUGGAUAAAUAUAUCGAUCAUCAAUUAAAGAGAGAAGAAAAGAAAAUUUUACUUGAAAAGCUUUCUGAAACAAAGGUUGAUACCAGUCAAAUGUCAGCAUUAAAAGAGUUGGGUAAAGGUAAACAAACCAAAAGAGAAGAAAUGAUCGAGGCAUUGGAAUUGGAACGUCAGGGUAGAGGAGAUGAAAGAACCAAGGAAAUUUUAUACGAAGAAAGAGAAGUUAAGGACUACCAUGAUUAUGAAGAAGAAUUUGGUGGAGAAGAAGAAAGUGAUCAGGAGGAGAUCAAAACAGGUGGAUUCAUUGAUAACAGGCCAUCAAAGUUUGGAGGUCAAGGAUUUGGGUUUGGGUUUGCUAAUAUUCCAGUGAUAAAGAAAGAUAAGUCGAGCCAACCAAAGAAAAAGUAUAGUUGGAGAAAGAGAAUUGAAGAAGAAGAAAAGAAGAAAUUGAAGAAAGAAGAGGAGGAUGAUUUUGCUUCAAGUUCAGAAGAUGAAAGUGAAUCUUCUAAAGAAGACGAAGACCAAGAAGAAGAUGAUGAUGAAGAAGAAGGAGAAGCUAAUGAUAAUGACAUGGAACAAGAAGAUUCUAGUGAUGAUGAAGAAGCUGACGAAGAAGAAGAGGACCAGGAUGAAGAUGUAGACGACGACGACGAUGACGAAGAAGACGAAGAAGAUGAGGAAGAAGAGGAAGAGUCCAGAUUGAUGCAAAGCAAACCACGUCACUCAACUAUUGCAAAUAGUUUCAAAGAAUGGGCUGAACAACAGGUGCGAAAAAUGGAGGGUCGUGAAAAUAUUGCUCUUAAUCCGGAAGUAUCAGAGGAAAUCAAACAACAGUAUGCACAACAAACUAUUAGAGAUGAAGAUGUGGACCAUUCAUCCGACGAAGAAGGCUAUAUUCCAAUCAAUAAGGAUUUAAAAAGAGAUGCAUUUGUUGUUGAAGUUAAAAGAUCCAAUGCAAUCCAACAACAACGAAUUUUACUUCCUGUAUUUGCCGAGGAACAUAGAAUAAUGGAAGCCAUUUAUCAUCAUGAUUGUAUAAUUCUUUGUGGGGAAACAGGUUCAGGUAAAACCACUCAAGUACCACAGUUUUUAUAUGAAGCCGGGUUUGGUAACUUGGAACAUAAUUUGUACCCCGGCAUGAUUGGUGUUACACAACCUAGAAGAGUUGCUGCGGUGUCUAUGGCAGAAAGAGUUGGAAGUGAAUUAGGAGACCAUGGCCAUCGUGUUGGUUACCAGAUUCGAUUUGAUACUACUAUCAAAAAUGAAGGAAAAGCAGAUGGUACUGCGUUGAAGUUUAUGACCGAUGGUGUUUUGUUGAGAGAAAUGAUGACAGAUUUCUUGCUUACCAAGUAUUCUUCCAUAAUUAUCGAUGAAGCCCAUGAAAGAAACAUCAAUACUGAUAUUUUGAUUGGUAUGUUAACUAGAAUUAUGAAGUUGAGAAGAAAAUACCACACCGAAAACCCUGAUAAGUUUAAACCAUUGAAGUUGAUCAUUAUGUCUGCAACAUUAAGAGUGUCUGAUUUUUCCGAAAAUUCCACUUUAUUUAAGAAUCCACCUCCAAUAAUUAAUGUUCAAGCUAGACAGUACCCCGUGUCAAUUCAUUUCAACAAGAAGACUAAUUAUGAUUACCUUGACGAGGCAUUCAAAAAAGUUUGUAAAAUACACCGCAAACUUCCAGAGGGUGGAAUCUUGAUAUUUUUGACAGGUCAGAAUGAAAUUACAACACUUGUAAAAAAAUUGCGUAACGAAUUUCCAUUCAAAAAGAAAUCAAAAGUUGAAUAUGAAGAAGAUGUCGAGGUCAAAUUAUCUGAAAACGUACAACAAGAAGUCGAAGAUGUUGAAUUUAGUGUUGAUACCACAGACAAGGAAAAGUACGAUGACUAUGAUUCUCUGGAGGAUAACAGUGACGAAGAAGAAGAAGGUUUUGAGGAAGCAGUUGAUUCCAACGAAUCUGACAUUGGACCAUUGUAUGUCUUACCAUUGUACUCAUUGUUACCAACUAACCAACAAAUGAAAGUAUUUGAUGAACCACCGAAGGGAAGCCGUGUAUGUAUUGUGGCAACCAAUGUUGCCGAAACUUCGUUGACAAUUCCAGGUAUCAGAUAUGUUGUUGAUUGUGGUCGUUCUAAGGAAAGAAAAUUCAACAGAGAGAAUGGUGUUCAAUCGUUUGAAGUUGAUUGGAUUUCAAAGGCUUCAGCUGACCAACGUGCUGGUAGAGCAGGUAGAACUGGUCCAGGUCACUGUUAUAGAUUAUUUUCAUCAGCGGUGUAUGAAGAGUUUUUCCCACAAUUCAGUGUACCUGAAAUUUUGCGUAUGCCGUUUGAAAGUAUUGUGUUGAAUAUGAAGAGUAUGGGUAUUGAUCAAAUUGCCAAUUUCCCGUUCCCAACUCCACCGGAUAGAUCUGCCUUAAGACAAGCCGAGGAAUUGCUUGUGAUUUUGGGUGCGUUGGAUAAAGAACAAAAAUCAGUCACCGAUUUGGGUAAAAAAAUGUCACUUUUCCCAUUGAGUCCACGUUUUGCCAAAAUAUUAAUCAUUGGUAAUCAACAGGAUUGUCUUCCUUAUGUUAUUGCUAUAGUAUCUGCGUUAUCUGUGGGUGAUCCAUUUAUCAGUGAGGCAGAAUUGAGUGGUAACAUGUCUGACGAGGCUCGCAAAGAGUUUAGAAGUAAAUUCAAUCAUUCAAGAGCUUUAUUUGGAAAAUUGGACCCUUCUAGUGAUUGUAUGAUGUUACUUUCUGCCGUCUGUGCAUUUGACCAUGUUCCGCAAAAGAGCCAAAACGAGUUCUUAGAGGGCCAUUAUUUACGACACAAAAUGAUGGAAGAAAUUCAAAAGUUAAGAAAACAGGUAGGUAAUAUCGUUGAAAAUCUGGUUAUGGCAGCAAAUGGUUUACAGAUAAAGAAUGAGAUGAAGCUUCCAAUGCCAACAAAGAAACAAGUAAGUGCCAUGAAGCAGAUGAUAGCAUCUGGUUUCAUUGAUCAAGUAGCUAUUAGAGGCGAUAUCAUAUCACAAGAGGUUAAAAUAACAAACAAGUCUAAUAUUAUCCAAGUUCCAUAUUGUCCAGUAAUGCCGAUUGACGAGGGACCGUUUGUUUACAUUCAUCCAAAUUCAUUGAUUGCAAAGAGUGGUCAAGUUCCAAGUCCUUACUUGAUAUAUCAAUCCUUGAGCACUAAAGGAAAUACCGAAGAGGAUGAAAUAACCAAAGUUAGAAUGAAACCUUUGGUAGAUAUCAGUGGGAAGCAAUUGGCAAAUGUUGCCAAAAAUUCAACCUUGCUUACGUAUUCUAAACCUUUGGGUCAUCCAUAUGCACCAAAGAAUUUGUCACCAACUAAAAGAGAAUGUUAUGUUGUCCCUCGAUUUGGUGCAUCUGUAGGAAGCGGAGCAGUUGGUUGGGAUUUACCUGCUAUAAAAGUAGUACAAGAAAAACGUAAAGGUACUUGGGUGAUUGUAUAG